UUCAGCAUCAGACAAACCAAUGAAUUGGAAUUGGGAACCAAGGUUUUUUUCAUGACUGAUUUCUGUGAAAGAGAAAUAGUUGCCAUUGAAGAGGUGUUUCCAGAAACCUUUGUCUACAUCUGUGAUUUCCACCGGGAACAGAGCUGGACAAGAUGGGUUAGCAAGAUUGACAAUGGUGUAAGUCAAUGCAAAGACAGUAGUCUGUCAAUGUUGAGGAGAUGUGCCCAUGCGUGCACAUUGGCAGAAUACCAAGAUGCAGUACAGAAGCUACAGAAGUCCUCCCAUUGGAUCACAAACAGUCGCCUAAGGAAUUGGUUCACAAAAACUUGGAUGAGCAAAGAGAAGCGAUGGGUAUGGGCAAACAGAUUUGGAAAAGGUCUCUUAGUCAACACCAACAAUGGUCUUGAAAGACAAAAUAAAACAUUUAAAUACCAGUUUUUGGAGCAGAGAAAAAACAACAACCUCUCUGGGAUGAUAUCCACUCUCCUGCAAGAGUAUUUACCAUCAAUGAUGCUAAAGUAAGUCACUAUAAAAAUG